AUGAGGAACAAGUUAGAUGAACAAUUUGGGAGAUUCCUUGACAUGUUGAAGGAGGUCCAUCUUUCUAUCCCUCUCACCGAAGCUAUGACCCAAAUGCCUAGAUAUUCCAUAUUCCUUAAGGAUAUUUUGAGUGGCAAGAGAGAGUGCAAUGAGAUAGAUUCGAUAGUGCUUGUUGAGUGUUGUAGUGCAUUGAUUCACAACGACCUACCAAAGAAGAUGAAAGAUCCGGGCAAUUUCUCUAUUCUUUGCAAAAUCAGGAUUAAGUUAUUUGAAAAUGCUUUGUGUGACUUAUGUGCUAGUGUUAGCAUUAUGCCUUACUCGUUGUUCAAGAAGCUUACACUAGGAGAACUUCUUCCUACAAACAUGACCUUGCAAUUGGCGGAUAGAUCUAUUACGUUCCAAAAAGGAAGAGUUGAAGAAGUUCCCCUUAGGAUAGGUGGUUUCACAAUUCCCGUAGAUUUUAUUGUGUUAGAAAUUGAAGAGGAUGACCACAUUCCUAUUAUUCUAGGGAGACCAUUCUUAGCUACUUCUGGUGCUCUAAUAGAUGUUAAAGGAGGUCGUAUCACUUUGAGAGUUGAUAAUGAAAAAGAAAGUUUUAAGCUAAAACCGAUGCAUGAAUCCUUGUCUUUUGUAAAAGGAGUCAUGAAUGAUAAUUUUCUUUGUUCAUUGGAUAAUGUGUGUGUGAUUAAUUCUUCAACUAACGGUGUUCAUGAGAUUUUUGAUGAUGUGCUUGUGAAGUUUGAUGGCAUGAAAGUUAGUGAAGAAGAAAAGCUUUCAAAGGCCAAGGACGAAGAGAAUAUUGAUAUUCCACAUUGGUUUGAGCUUUGUCCUCAAGAGGAGGAAGAUGGUUCCAAGGAAGUGGAUGGUGUUAACCUGUCUACAAGAAGGAACAAGGCCAAGAAGAAGGCAAGGGCUUCUAGGAAGAAGCGAAUGAGAUUGAAGUCGAAGAAUGAGAAGGUUGUUUUUGAAGUUCAAGCAAAUGAGGUUUCAUCAAGCAACAACGAGGAGUUGCUACAAAUUGAAGAGAAGUUUGUACUUUCUGCCACUUUGAGUAAGGUGGUGUCCUUUGACCCUCUAUAA